AUGCGGCACGGACUCGACGAGACAACCGCGCUCCUCACCGGCGACCGCGAGCGCGACGUGGCGCACUCGAGGCCGUCGGCUCGAUGGAUCAUCAUCCCCUGCUUUAUCUCUUCUCUGCUCGGCGGCGCAGCAGCGUCCGUCGAGAUGGAGAUAUACAGCCAGACCGCCUGUCGCGGGGUAGCCGCACGAGACGGCGUGCUGCAUCUCCUCGGCGGGCUCAUCGAGGGCGGGACCGGCUGGACCGAGAUGUGCCGCUCGGACCCGGCGGUGCAGCGCGAGACGACCCGCAUCAUCACGAGCAUCCUGCUCGUCGCCGGCGCCCUGAGCGCGCUGACGGCGGCGUGGUGGGGCGCGCUCGCCGACCGCAAGGGCCGGAAGGUCGUCCUUUUGGCGAGCACCAUCGCCGAGCUCGUCGAGGCGGGCAUCAUGGUCCUGUACGCUCCCGAUCGCUUCGGGUACGGCGCGCUCCUGCUCCUCGCCGCGUUCGCCGGUCUCUUGGGCGGUCAGCUAGCCAACAUGGCGGUCGCGUCGGCCUACCUCGGCGACAUUGCCGGCGCCGCCUCCAAGGCGCAGCUCCUGUCGUCGUACGAGGCUGCGCUCUUUGCUGGGCUCGGCCUCGGCCCGCUCCUCGGCUCGGCCCUCGUUCGCUACGCAUCGCUCGGUCCUCGCACACCCUACAUCCUCAUGCUCGUCUUUAACGCGGCGUACCUGUCGGCCUUUCCCUUCAUGCCCGAGUCGCUCCCGCCGUCCCGCCGCGCUCAGGCCGCCGCCCGCUCGUCGCAAGCCGGCACGCUCGCGCAGCGUGUCCUCGCCAUCCCGGCCAGCCUCGUCUCGCCGUUCAGGGUACUCGUGCCACGCAGGGUCGACGAGGGCAAGAGGAAGGACGGCCGGCUCCUCCUGGUGGCCAUCUCGGGCGCGCUCCUUCUCGUCGACACGGGUCUCGGUCCCGUCGAGGUCCUCUACGCCCGCGCCAAGUACAGCUGGGGCCCGCAAGACACGGGUCACUGGCUGAGCUACACGUAUGCGACCAAGCUCGUCAUUCUCGUCGGCGUCGUGCCGCUCGUGCGACGGUGGUUCAAGCCGGCGGCCCCUGCGACGACGGCGGCGAGGGCGUGCGCCGUAGCUUCAGACGUCGAGAACGACGCGUGCACGGCGUCGCCAGCCGGUGUCGAACUCGCCAACGAGACGCAGAAGCGCAAGAGCGUCGUCGAGCUUCGCUACGAUGUACGCCUCGCGUGCUGGACCAUGUCGCUCGCCGUCGCCGGCUACCUCGUCAUGCUCCUCCCCUCGCCCUCGGUCCGUCACUUCCUCGUCACGUCCGGCAUCGUGUCCAUCGCCGCCGCCGCGCCACCCGCCCUCCAGUCGCUCGCCCUCUCUCUCGCCGGCCCAGAAGACGCCGCCAAGGUCCUCGCGUGCGUGUCGGCGCUCGCGACCGUGUCGACGGCUACGCUCGGCCCAACCGUGUUCGGCACGGCGUACGUCGCGAGCGUCGAGUGGUGGCCCGAGAUGAUCUUUGGGCUCGCAGCGCUGUGGAUGGCGGCGGCGGUCGUGCCGUUGCUGUUCCUGCGCUUCGGCUCGCCUCGAGAAGACGAGGAGCGAGGAGUCGAGGAGGAGGCUCGAGCGUAG